CUGCGAGGGUGGAUGCUCAGGCUCCUGCCCAAUAAAGCUGCCAGUUUCAGUCCCAGGAUGUGUUCACCCGACAGCCGAGCUCUCUAAUCCACUCGUGCACUCAACCUGUUGACUUCUCUGUCAACGCAGCAGACGUCGACCACUCUGACUUUUAAAGUAUCUGUGGUGACAGGAGGCGUGUCUCAGAUAGUUGAAGAAACCAGCAGGACUUAUGAAUAGAAAAAUCCCAAACACAACAGGGACUGAGAGAGACAGAUCACAUCACCGUAUCCGAAGGUUCCUGUACUGGUCCAAGUGUCAGAGCAUAAUGGUGGCUUUUAAAGGGAUCUGGACCAAAAAGUUCUGGAGGGCUGUUUCAGGAGAAUACCUGGCCACUUUAAUUUUUGUCCUCCUGAGCCUGGGCUCCACCAUCAACUGGGCUGCGGAGAAGGAGAAGCCUCCCCCGGCCGACCUGGUUCUGAUCUCCCUGUGCUUUGGCCUCAGCAUCGCCACCAUGGUGCAGUGUUUUGGACACAUCAGCGGCGGACACAUCAACCCCGCUGUAACUGCAGCCAUGGUCAUCACUAGGAAGCUGAGCCUUGCAAAAGCUUUGUUUUACGUGAUGGCUCAGUGUUUGGGAGCCAUUUCAGGAGCUGGGAUUCUCUACUUAGUCACACCUGCUGCUUUGCGGGGAGCUCUUGGUGUGACCAUGGUGAACUCUAAGAUCUCAGUGGGACACGCCCUUCUCGUUGAGCUCUUCAUCACAUUUGAGCUGGUCUUCACCAUCUUCGCCACCUGUGAUCCCAAACGCAAAGACCUGGGUGGCUCUGCGAGCCUUGCCAUCGGCUUUGCUGUGGCUAUUGGUCACCUAUUUGCAAUUCCUUACACAGGAGCCAGCAUGAAUCCUGCUCGUUCAUUUGGGCCCGCAAUGGUCACACUCAAUUUUGAGAACCACUGGGUUUAUUGGCUGGGGCCCAUUCUGGGAGGACUCCUGGCUGCAGGUGCAUACGAGUACCUGUACUGUCCUGACACUGAGAUAAAAAAGAGGCUAAAACAAGUCUUUAAGAGGGACCAGUCUGGCAGAUACAAGGAGGUGGAAUAUGAGGAUCCUGUCAUGAAGGCAAGCUCAAUUCAUCAUAUUGAUCUGGAGAAAGCUGAGAAAAAAGACCCUUUCCAGGAGUCGCCCGGCGAAGUACUGUCCUCAGUAUGACUAUCACGUGCACUGGAAAUAGAGACCAAUUUGUAAAAGAAGAAUGGCAAUCAAAGUUUGAAGUAUCUGUCUUGGGUAUGUCCCCUCCAAAGCAGAAUAUUAUUUCUGUCGAAGAUACAGCGAGGCUGCUUUAAUGUCUCUGCAAUGAAGCAAUUUUGUUAUUAUGACUAAAUCCUGCUAAACGUCUGCAGCCUGUUCAAUACUCCUCCCGAGGACCCCUCCAAAUGAUUUUAUAACAACAUUGUCAUGCUGCAGACAUUUCACUGUGCAAAGUGACAGCCAGCGAUGCAUUGUGUAAAACAAAUAUGCGUUGGGGUCAAGUAAUUAUGUGGGGGUCAUCCCGUUGUAUUGGGGAAGUGGAGAAGAAAAUGCAGCCUUGUUAUUUCUGGAUUAGUGUCACAUUUGGUCUGCCUUCUGCACUUGCAAUAAAAGGAGCGAUUGUCCUUGUGAUCAUUAAGCACAUUACGGGUCUCAGGCUAUGUGAGGCAGCUCUGACAAGUCGGACUGUCACUGUUGUGUUACAUUCUGUUUUCAGUGCACUAAUCAUGGAAACAAUUUAUUUUUGUGAGGAUUCAUCUUCUAUCCUCUACAUGUCACCAUGAAAAUGUGCUUAUUUGUUUUACUUUUAAAAUGGUGCAGAUUAGUUUUAGAGGGAAUAUACAUUAUUGGGAUGGUUUUUGGCACAUUUUCUUCUUCUUUAUGAUCCUCUGCAUUUAUUUAUUAAGGGGUAUUUGGUUUGUAUUGUUUUCUUUUUCUUUUUUUUCUGUUUUGCAGACUUUGUGUUGUAAUAUUCCAUUGAAAGCCAUCUGGUCUCACCAGGUUGUGAGUUUUAUGAUAUUCAGUGUUGGGCAAGUUACUUCAAAACUGUAAUGCAUUAUUUAUAACUUGUUACCCUCAUUUUAAAGUAAUUCAUUACAUUACAAUAUUACUAAUUUUAAAAUGUAUGGCAUUACACUACUUUUACUUUAAGUUAUUUUCACCAAUACAACUUCAAUAUGAAUCUGGUAAUCUGACCCUCGGUGAGCUCAUGACAUAUAUGUGGAAAGUGAUGUGGUAUCUGAGCUAGGAUUGCCGUUAAAAACAGUCAGAUAUAAUAACAGUGCUUUAAAAUGAUUGUUUAUUAAAUAAAAGCAACAACAAUCUGUUCUCUCA